ACAAAGCGGACGGACCAAAACGAUGUUAAGCUCCCCAUCCACUCCCGCCGCCCCUCCUCCCCUCCUCUCUCCUCCAUCGCCACCUCUUCCCCUUCCGAAAUUCCAACACCACCUACUUCUCCUCCCAGUCCGUCGACGCCGCCUCCUCGCCUCCCUCACCGCCCCGCUUCUCCAGCUCCUCCUCGUUUCCCCCUCCCCCGCCCGCGCCCGCGGCCUCUUCCGCAUGCCUCCCGCCCGCCUCGCCAACCGCUACUUCCUGGUGCGCGCAGGGGAAUCGGUCUACGAAAGCGCCGGUGUCCUGCGCACCAACCCCGUCGCCAAGACGUCUGUCGACAGCGGCCUCUCGCCCGAGGGCGCGAGGCAGGCCGCGCGGGCUGCCCUCGAGCUCAAGCAAAUGGGGGCAUGCGAGGAUAGCUGCUGGAUUUGGCCCUCCAUCACCCAGCGGUCCUAUCAGGCCGCCGAAAUCAUUGCUUCCGUCAACAGUAUCGAUCGCAGUCGGAUCGUGCCCGAGUACAGCUUUCUUGAUGCUCGAGGACUGGGAGCAUUCGAGGGAAGAAAAUUAGGCUCUAUAUCUGAGGUUUAUGAAUCGGAUAGUCUUUCUCCUGAUAAUAAACCCCCUCCGGUUGAUGAUGGAACACCAAAUGAGAGUGUGGCAGAUGUGUUUGUCAGGGUAACACAACUCAUGUCAAUACUCGAAACACAAUAUUCUGGAGAUACUGUAAUUAUUGUUUCGCCAGAUUCAGACAAUCUAUCAGUUCUACAAGCAGGCUUAGUUGGACUUGACUUAUGCAGGCACAGUGAUCUGUUAUUUAGCCCUGGUGAGGUCAGGCCCGUGGAUCCAAGUAGCAUACCUGACUACAAGCAACCAGCUUCUGCUGUUUACAAGUGUGCAAACCCUCCAAGUUGUAAAUGACUUUUUUUUAGCUUGUUGGAUAGCUUCAUGUGGCAUCUCAUCCUAAGUUUUUGAACAGCAAAGAUCGACCAAGGACUUUGCAGGCCAAUAAUUGUGGCCAUUUUCCAUUGCAGAUUCAAUCAUCAUCCUGUGCAAGACCAGCCCGUAUGUUCCGAAUAAUUUUCUUACUAUUGAGAGUUCAGUAGCUCAUCUUUAUUUGCUUAACUUCGAGAGUUAAUGUUGUCUUGUUAGACCCACACAAAGCCACCUUCCUCAAUGUUGUGGUGGCAUGCCUUUGGAGAAUAAAAGCCUGUAAAGGGCAUCCAUGGCUUUCCUCCCAUGCAUGUACCCAUUCUUUUGUUUGUUUGCUUCCUACCACUGCAGAGAAGUACUUGUUCGCUUGGCUACUGCUCCUGCAAUGAAGUACCGAUUUGUUUCC